AUUCCGUUUGUGUCAACAGUGACCAGAGCCACCAUGGAAAUCGCGGCACCAACAGCAUCGAUGGAUCCCAAGUUUAAGGAUGGCAUCGUCGUCCGUGCCGGUGAAACGUUUGUUAUCCGAGCGGAUAUCCUGGGGACGCCACUCCCCAGAGUCAAGUGGUUAAAAGACGGAAAAGAAAUUGAUAAAACCGCCCCGAGAACGGAGGUCGUAAAAACGUUUGAACGUACCGUUCUAACAGUUCUAGAUUGCGUCAGAGUGGACGGCGGACAGUUCGUCCUGAGUCUCAGCAAUGUGGCCGGAAAGAAAGAUAUACCUGUCAAUGUUAAGGUUCUUGAUAGACCUGGUCCACCUGAUGGGCCAUUGAAGAUCACCGGUGUGACUGCAGAGAAAGCCGCGCUGCACUGGAGUCAUCCGUUACAAGAUGGCGGUGCCAGUGUUUCCCAUUAUAUCAUUGAAAAGAGGGUAACCAACCGCGUGUCAUGGACUGUAGUCCAACCGGAAACCCAAGCAGUCAGCUACAAAGUGACUAAACUCGUACCCGGCACUGAGUACAUCUUCAGAGUGAAAGCGGUGAAUAGGUUUGGCACUGGUGAACCUCUUGAAUCAGACCCGGUUACUGCAUGUUGUCCUUUCAAGCCGCCCAGCUCUCCUUCCACACCUGAAGCAAGCGCUAUAACAAGCGACUCAAUGGUCCUGACAUGGAAUCGUCCAGAAAACGAUGGUGGCUCAGAAAUAGAUGGCUAUAUCGUUGAAAAACGCGAUAAAGACGGUGUUAGAUGGACAAAGUGUAACAAGAGAAGACUUAACGAUAUUCGGUUCAGAUGCCCCGGACUCGCCGAGGGGCAUUCCUACGAGUUCAGAGUAUCUGCUGAGAAUUCUGCUGGUGUGGGAGUGCCAAGUGAACCAACAGGAUAUAUCAAAGCUUGUGACCCCUUAUAUCCCCCAGGUCCUCCUUACAACCCUACGGUGACAGACCAGUCAACCACAACCGUGUCCAUCUCAUGGGCAAAGCCCAUCUAUGAUGGCGGAGCAGCCAUCAAAGGAUAUGUUGUUGAGAUGAAGGAAGUAACGGAGGAAGAGUGGACAACCUGUACACCGCCAACUGGUGUUGAAGAAACACACUUCACUGUGAAAACACUGAAGGAAAAUGGAGAAUACAACUUCCACGUCUGUGCGAUUAACACUGAAGGAGUUGGGGAACCAGCGGAUGUACCAGGGACUGUAGUUACAUCUGAAAGACUUGAGGCACCUGAGAUUGAACUAGAUUCAGACCUUAGGAAAAUGGUGUCAGUUCGGGCGUGUGCGACACUGCGUCUGUUUGUCCCAUUCAAAGGAAAACCUCAACCUGUAGUCAAGUGGUCCAAGAUGGAAGGUCCUCUUACUGAGCGUGCACACAUUGAGGUCACAAGCACCUACACAGUCCUUGUCAUCCACACUGUCAACAGACUUGACACUGGCAAGUAUGCGUUGACUCUUGAGAACGUCAGCGGUAUGAAGUCUGCUUUCAUUAAUGUCACGGUGUUGGAUUCACCAAGUGCCCCUGAGCACUUUGAAGUCAAGGACAUUACUAGAGAUUCUGUAUCACUAUCCUGGGAGCCUCCACUGAUUGACGGCGGAGCUAAGAUCACACAUUACGUUGUGGAGAAGAGAGAAGCUCAAAGACGGGCCUUUACCAGUGUUUCCGGGAACUGUGGAAGAAAUAGAAUGAAGAUUGACAACCUUAUAGAAGGGGGACUUUAUUACUUCCGUGUACGAGCUGUUAAUGAGCUCGGUGUGGGUUUGCCAGCGGAAACACCAGAACCAAUCAAGGUAUCCCAAGCUCCUUUGCCUCCUGGUAAAGUCACUGUUGUAGAUGUUACUCACGACAGUGUGAGUCUGUCAUGGGAAAAGCCUGACGACGAUGGUGGAAGCAGAAUCAAAUGCUACGUAGUGGAAAUGCAAACCAAGAGCGAUGACAAAUGGACUGUGUGUACUGAGAUACGGGGAUUGAGAUCAACUGUUGAUGGACUCUUAACAGGUGAGGAAUAUUCAUUUAGGAUUAGUGCAGUCAAUGAAACAGGCAAGAGUGAACCUAAGCUACUGGCAGAGGCUGUCAUAGUAAACGACGACACAGUGGAACCCAUCAUAGAUCUGAUGUGCAAGACAUUCAGUGUCAAGGCAGGAGACGACCUGAAGAUCGAUGUUCCAUUUAGAGGCAGACCUGAACCUGAGGUUUCAUGGAACAAAGAUGGUGUUGAAUUGAAGGAGACAACCAGGGUUAGCUUUCUAACAUCUAAUAACUCAUCACUAAUCACUAUCAGAAACACAACCAGGGAGGAAUCAGGGAACUAUGAGAUCACCUUAAGCAACACAGUUGGUAGAAAAUCAGCCAUAAUAGCUGUUGUCAUCUUGGAUAAACCUGGCCCACCUGGUGCAAUCAAGGUAGAUGAAGUCAACGCUGACUAUAUUUCACUGUCUUGGGAUCCCCCACUCUACGAUGGUGGAUGUCCAAUCAGCAACUACGUAGUAGAGAAGAGAGAUACUACCACUACAUCAUGGAAGGCCGUUUCAUCCACAGUUGCCAGAACGUCUAUUAAGGUUCCUCGUUUGACACAAGGCACUGAAUAUCAGUUCCGAAUUGCAGCUGAAAACCGUUUCGGCGUGAGCCAUGCUGUGGAGUCCGCUUCCGUUGUUGCACAGUACCCCUUCGAGACACCUGGCCCUCCCACUACCCUCCAUGUUGCCCAGGCUACAAAGUCCUUCAUGUUGGUUACAUGGAAUGAACCAGCCAGUGAUGGUGGAAGUCCAAUCAUGGGUUAUCACCUGGAAAUGAAGGACUAUAGCAGUAUUCGCUGGACAAAGACUAACAGAGGACGUCUCAUUGCUGAAACAGAAUUUAAAGUGAAUGGGGUAGAAGAAAGCUUGCAGUAUGAAUUCCGUGUUGCUGCUGAGAAUAUUGCUGGCGUUGGACCGUACAGCAAAGCCACUGAGCCUAUAGCUGCAAGAGAUCCAUGUGAUCCUCCUGCUAACCUUACAGUCACAGACAUCACAAGAUCUUCCAUUUCUCUCACUUGGUCCAAGCCAGAGAAUGAUGGUGGAGCCAAGGUGACUGGCUACAUUGUUGAACGCAGGGAGCUUCCAGAUGGUUGUUGGCUGAAGUGCAAUUUCACCAAUCUCCAGGAAACUUGCUAUGACAUUGAAGGUCUUACGGAGGACAUUCAAUAUGACUUCCGUGUUAUUGCAAAGAACUCUGCUGGAGUACUCAGUGAGCCGUCGCAAUGCACAGGUGCCGUCACAGUCAAGGAUAACGUUGUUCUACCUCGCAUUGUCUUGGAUGACAAGUAUAAGAAAUUAGUCGUUGUCAAAGCCGGAGAUGUUCUGAGAAUCGAUGCAGAUAUUUCUGGGCACCCACGUCCAGUCAUUUCCUGGUCAAAAGAUGGUGAAAGGAUUGAGAUCAAGGCAAGAAUAGAGAUCACUUCAACACACACUACCACCACAUUACUAGUCAGAGACACUAUCCGAAGAGACUCGGGUCAGUACACUGUAACAGUGCAGAACAUUGCUGGUACAAGGUCCCUGUCUGUAAACUGUAAGGUUCUUGACCGCCCUGGACCGUCUUCUGGGCCAUUGGAUGUGACUGGUCUGACCGCAGAGAAAUGCACUUUGACCUGGGGACCACCUCAAGAAAAUGGUGGUGCGGAAAUUCUGCGCUAUAUAGUUGAGAAAUGUGAAACCAGUCGUGUCACCUGGACUUCAGUAUAUGAAGACACGAAGGCUACAACAUGCAAGGUCACCAGUCUGCGUAAAGGAAAGGAAUACAUCUUCAGAGUAAAGGCAGUGAAUGAAUAUGGACAAGGUGAAGCCUUAGAGAGUGAGCCAACCAAGGCCACAGAUCCAUUCACUGUCCCUGCUGCACCGACAGAUGUUGAAGUCACCAGCAUAACAAGUGAGACCAUGACAAUCUGCUGGAAAAGACCUGAGUCCGAUGGAGGAAGCAGCAUUUCUGGCUACGUUAUUGAGAAACGAGAGAAAUCAGGAAUGCGCUGGGUACAGGUGAACACAAAGCCCGUGAAUGACCUUAGGGUCAAGGCAUCCAAUCUCUGUGAGGGAUGUGAGUAUGAGUACAGAGUCUAUGCAGAAAAUGUUGCAGGCUCGAGUCCCCCAAGUAUUCCUUGCAAACUGACAAAAGCGGAGGAUCCACAAUUCCUGCCGUCCCCACCAGCUAAACCCAAAGUCAUUGACUCAACCAAGACUUCUGUAACUCUUUCGUGGAAUAAGCCGUUGUUUGAUGGGGGAGCUGCUGUAACAGGAUACUGUGUUGAAUAUAAGAGAACGGAUGAGGAGGACUGGUGUGUCAGUGUUUCAAACACAGAGAACACUGGAUUCACUGUCGUUGGUUUGACACCUGGUGCAGAAUAUAUAUUUGUUGUCAAAUCCAUCAACAAGAUUGGUGUCAGUGAGCCAAGUCCUCCUACUGAUCCACAAGCAGCUGAGGACGAGAGAAGAGGAACCACAGUUUAAUAUCAGCA